GUGUUUUUGAUUGCGUCUUUGGAAUCUCCUCUACUGUUUCUAGGUUACUCAAUCCGAAGAAAUGGGAACUAAAUGGAGGAGAAUGAAACUGGCUUUGGGUCUGAAUCCCUGUACCUACCUCCCAAGAACCCUAGAGGAUUCACCCACUGCUUUGAAUUCUACAGAGAGAUUAUCAGAUGUUGCUCUGCUCUCUCCUCUUAACUGGCCCAUGACUCCGACACCUUCCUCUCACGGUCUGAAAUUCUCCAGAAACAGCUCUAAAUCUUCAAAGACAUGUUCUAUAUGCUUGAAGAAGAUGAAAGAAGGAGGUGGACAUGCUAUUUUCACAGCAGAGUGCUCGCAUUCGUUUCAUUUUCACUGCAUUGCUUCGAAUGUGAAGCACGGAAACCAAGUUUGCCCGGUCUGUCGUGCAAAAUGGAAGGAAAUCCCAAUGCAACACCCUAGUUUUGAUCUUCCUUAUCUGUUUGCUCGAUCUUAUAACAAUGAUGCAGCUAUUAGCCUUGUCCACCGCUUACCUAGACCUCGUGGAGUUAUGAAUCAAGGACGAGUUCUUGCUCCUGAGCCGUCUAUGUUUGAUGAUGAUGAACAGUUAGAGCAGCAGCUAGUAUUUUCCGGGAAGAGCUAUAGUGAUGCUUUGGAGAACAAUCAUUCUGUAAGAAUGAUGGACUUGAAGAUAUAUCCCGAGGUUUCCUCUGUACCACGAGCUGAAUCCCGUGAGAAGUUUGCUGUAUUGGUGCAUCUUAGAGCUGCUGCCAUGGUUACUGGAAAUGCUAACUCUCUCAACAAUCAGAUAUCUCGGUAUCCUCGAGCUCCAGUUGAUCUUGUCACGGUGCUUGACAUCAGUGGUAGCAUGGCUGGAACUAAACUGGCUCUACUCAAACGAGCAAUGGGUUUUGUGAUUCAGAACCUUGGUUCAAAUGAUAGGCUCUCGGUUAUUGCUUUCUCUUCUACUGCUCGUCGUCUUUUCCCUUUGACUAAGAUGUCUGAUGCUGGAAGGCAGCGAGCCCUUCAAGCUGUAAACUCAGUGGUUGCAAAUGGCGGGACCAAUAUCGCUGAAGGUCUUAGGAAAGGUGUCAAGGUGAUGGAAGAUCGAAGAGAUAAAAAUCCUGUUGCUAGCAUUAUCCUUUUGUCUGAUGGACGAGACACCUAUACCAUGAACCAAGCUGAACCAAACUACAAGUUGUUACUCCCGUUGUCUAUGCACGGUUGUGAAAGCAAGCGGUUUCAGAUCCCGGUUCAUUCUUUUGGUUUUGGAUCAGAUCAUGAUUCUUCACUGAUGCAUUCUGUUUCUGAGACCUCUGGGGGAACUUUCUCUUUCAUUGAGAGUGAAUCUGUGAUCCAGGAUGCUCUUGCACAGUGCAUUGGUGGACUUUUAAGCGUUGCAGUGCAGGAGCUACGGUUAGAAAUCGAUGGUAUGUGCUCAGAUGUUCAUCUCAGCUCGAUAAAAGCUGGUAGUUAUGCGAGCCUUGUUACUGGUGAUGGUCGAUCAGGAUGUGUUGACAUUGGUGAUCUUUACGCCGAUGAAGAGCGCGAUUUCUUGAUUUCUAUCAACAUCCCUGCUCAAAAAGAUGGAAACGAGACGCCGCUUCUAAAAAUGAGAUGUGUCUACAAAGAUCUUUUGACAAAAGAAAUUGUGACGCUUCAAAGUCAUGUGCUUAACAUUCAAAGACCAGAAACCGUUGGUCAAGAAGUUGUUGUGUCCAUCGAAGUGGACAGGCAAAGAAACAGAUUUCUAGCCGCGGAGGCAAUGGUAAAUGCGAGAGCUUUAGCAGAGGGAGAAGAUUUAGCCGCAGGUGUCACUGUCAUCCAGAAUUUCAGACUAGCUUUGGCAGAGACAGUCUCAGCAAAAUCGGGUGACGCGUUUUGUGUGGCUUUGGACAAAGAGCUAAAGGAAAUGCAAGAAAGAAUGGCGAGUAAGCAUGUCUACGAGGUGUCGGGAAGAGCUUACAUUCUUUCUGGACUUAGUUCACACUCAUGGCAAAGAGCAACAUCAAGAGGAGAAUCAGGAGACGGUUCAAGCUUUGUCCAGGCUUAUUAUCAAACUCCAUCAAUGGUUGAAAUGCUACACAGAUCUCAGGCCACAUCGCAUCAUCAUAGACUGAUCCAGCCUUUGUUAUCAUUUGCAUCUCAACCAAAGCCAAGGUGAACAAAUAAUCAAAAUUCAAUGUAAAAUGUAACAGCCUUUUUUUUUUUUUUUGGGAAGUCUCUGAAAACAUUUUGGUCUCUUUUUGGGGUGGUUGGUCUCUGUAAAGAAAUAAGAAAAAAAGCAGGCAAGGGGGAGAGAAAAAUGUGAAUCUAAGUGGGGUUUAGAGGAUCUUACAAUUUGGUGAUUUCAUGGUUUUGUAAGUUGGUCUUGUUUCAGUAUUUCAUGUAAUGGAUGUAUAUAUGGUAUGAAGUUGUGUAUAAAAAGCUUUUUGUUCA